GUUUUAAGACUUACUAGGUUUAGUUUAGGACCCGUUUAACACUAUUUUAAUUUUUAAAAACCUAAAAAUAAAUAUUUGUUUGAUAACUUAUUUUUAAAAGAGUUUAAUGGUAAGUGUAAAAAAGUAUUAAAUUACAUAUUAACUUGGUUGGAAAUAUGAUUGUGUGUAAAAAUAAUUUACACUCCCUUUUUUUCUUUUUAAAAUAUCAGUUUUAAAAAAUAUUUUGAGUUUUUGAAUUUUAUGGACUAAAAAAUAAAAAGAACAAAAAUGUAUUUUGAUUUUCAUUUUUCAUUUUUAGAUUUUAAAAAUGUUUUUAAAAAUAAUAAAGAAAAGCUCAAAUUAUAAACACCUAAAAAAGAGUGUGUUUUCAAUAAUGGCAAAAAUGUAAAUUACAAUAAUUGCUAUUCUGAUUAAACCUAUUUUCCAAUUUGAUGCACAACUGAACAAAUGAAAACACGCUCUCUUCUAUUCUCUUCUAUGCGAUUUUGAUUUCUCUCUCACACACAAAUUUUUUGAAUCUCUAUGACCAACUGAAGAUGGAAAAUCAGGACCAACAUGAUGAAACUAGGAAUAUGAAUGCGUUUUAUGCAUCUGUUGAAUCAUUUGAGACAACUUCUCCAUCACAUCCAGUACCUUUUAGGCCUAGUGAAAACAUCAAGAAAGCAAUUCAAGUUCUCCAAGAUUUAUUCACAAAAGAUUUCUCUCUUUUGUUGCAUCCAGGGCGUUCUAUAGAGAUAAAAGAUAUACUAAAAUACCUCCUCACAUUGCCACAAAAUGAAGAAUUUUGCGCAGCUACAAAAAUAGAAAUACAGAAAAUGUUACGAUGUUUUGAAAGAUGGAGUUUGGAGCAUCACAAUGCAUCAGGUCUUUCAGCAAAUGCGAAAAAAGAACUAUCAAAAGCAAGUAAAGUGAUGAAUGAUUUUGAAGCUAAUGUGAAAGAGUUCCAUGAGAUGGACAAGGAGGAGAUGUGUUUGUGUAAUAAAUUGGUUAUCUUGGAGGAAAGGAAGAGACAGCUUGAAGAAGAAAUCAAAAUAGUUAAUGUUGAGAUUGAAAAAUCUAAAACACAAAGAGAUGAGGUUGGUAGGAGAAAAAUUGAAUUGUAUGAGAAAGGAAGAGAAGUGAAAGCCAAAAGGGAUGAUUUCAUGAUAAAUGUUCCAAGGCUGAAAACUGAGCAACAAUUGGGAGUGAUAACUCGAACUAAUAUUGAAGCGGAGUGGGUCAAGCUUCGACAGAAAUUCACGUUGCUUCUCGCUAGUUCCCCCCUUUUGUCUUCUUCGUCUUUGCCACGACCACCAUCACAUGCAUAGUCAUGAUGUCAUUCUUCACAUUCAUGCAGAUUCUACAUUCAUUCAUUGAACGUUAUCUUGAACAAUCCAUGAAAAGGCAGUUUUUUAUUUUUUAUUUCAUUUUAUUAAUCAAAGUACCCUUUCCUGGUAUACUACUGUUGCUGCUUGAACGUAAGGUUUGUUUGACUGCACAGGAAUGAAAUAAUUUGUUUACCCAUUCCUUUGCAAACUAAUGUAGUUUGAGUACUCUUGUCGUAUCUAUUUUCCUAACAAUAGUUUUAUUGGCA